UCUGCUCGUGCAGAGAACUUCCGUUAUUCGUGUGUUCAGCAGUCGUUUCAUUUCACAACCGGCAGUCACUUGCCACAUGAUGAAGAGGGAUUUAAGUGACGUGGACUCCGACUCUGACGAUAUCUUUGCUGUGGUUGACACCAAAGGGAGUCCAAGCCAGAGUAAUGAUGAGUACCAGCUUCUUAAUCGCAAAAAAAGGCGAGGAGUUAUUGAAAAGAGACGUCGUGAUCGAAUCAACAACUGUCUGUUUGAACUACGUCGGCUUGUUCCCACCGCUUUCGAAAAGCAGGGGUCAGCAAAACUUGAGAAGGCGGAGAUUUUAGAAAUGACAGUAGAACAUAUGAAGCUAUUACAUGUCAAAGGAUUUGAUACAUUUUCUCAGAAGCGCCAUGGAAUGUUUUUGGAUUAUCACAGCGCUGGGUUUCUAGAGUGUGCGACUGAAGUAGCACGCUACCUGGUGGCGUUGGAAGGCUUAAAUCUUAAAGAUUCAUUGCGACUGCGCCUCAUGAGCCACCUUCAGUGUUAUUCAGCGCAGAAAGAUCUAGCCGUGAAGUCCGCAGCUUCCCACUGCUCGUGGAAUACUUCAUCUUCUUUACCAUCAUUUUCUUCUGCACCUCAGAACCUCCCUCAAACAGUAGUCCACCCUACUGGUUAUAGUGUACAAGUCUCGUCCCCUCACAACUUAAAAGUAGUACCUGGAACUUCGUACCCGUAUUAUAAUUCAAAUUUUGCCCAUUCUCUUUCAUAAGACAUGAAGUCAUCGUACCUUCUUCCGCCACAUCCAAAACAACAAAUAUCAUUAAACUCCAAGGCCUCCAUGUAAUCAUUAAACAUCCAGUCUUCUAUUGCUUCUAGCAAUAUUCCUAAGAUGACAUCUUUUCCUCAGCUCCCUUUAAUCCAAUUUCCUGAGACAACAGGCGGUUCAUCAAGUGAUUAUGAGUGGUUAAGUGGAUCUCCUUCCACGAAGAUUUACAACCCCUGGGGUGCUGAGCUUGCUUACUGAUUAUUGUUCAAUUCUAAAAAUGUAUGAAAGAGAGUAAUUUCGCACCGUAAUGCAUGCCAGAUAUUCUCCAACUGAGUGGAUGCGAAGCCUUUUGAUAUAAUUUCAGUACUGAGUGAACAAUGAAAACUUAAUGUGAAACUUUGCAAAUAGUUCACCCUGUAAAUACAAAAUAUAUAUAUAUAGUGUUGCACAACGUAAGUUACUCGGUUUUAUUUCUUAUGGAUCCAUUAUUUAUUUUUGCAACACCUGUUAACAGGAAUAUUGAGAUAUCCUACAAUUCUAUGGAUUCUAAAAUAAGUUUGAUAAUAAACAUCUAAAUCUAGUCUGUUUAAUUAUUAGUCUAGAAUAUAUUCUUAUUUCAUUUAAAGUUAAAAAAUGUUUUAAUUUAAGUUUUAUCUGAUAUUUGUUAGAUAUAAUUCUGAGAAAUUAAGAUAAUAACAAUUUCUUGAAAAUCAUAUUACAAUUUCUUUUGUUUCAAUUAAACAAGUAAAACAGUAAUCACGAGGAGAAACUACAGCAAGAAAACACAACAAAAAAGGUAAAAUUAGUAAUACGAACAUAUUAAUAAAUGUAUAAUUCAAAUGAAAAAAUGCACGUUGUUCAGUGUUGGAGAAUGCUGUUUGAUGUGGAGGGUUUCUUUAAUCAAUAAUUUCUCUAUCCUCUGCAAUUAUAAUGCAGUUUUCAUUUAAAUUAUAAUUUUUUUAAUAUGUUUGUAUUACUAAUUUAACCUUUUUUUUUUGGUUGUAGUUUCUCCUCGUGAUUAAUGUUUUAUUUCUUUUGUUUCGUUUCGAAAAACAAAAUCGCAGAUGUUCAAAUCCAAUAUUCAUGUUGGAAAGUCCGGGUGGAUCAGCGGUAAGUUUACGAACUUACAACGCUAAAAAAAUUUGUGGUUCGAUAAAUAAAACAAGGAGUACCAUUCAUAACUGUAUUUCAAAUUUUACCACAUUUAAAUUGAUUUAUAUUUUAAUUGCAAUCGUUAAUAUAUUAUUUGAUUUUGUAACUUGUAUAUUAUCCAUUAAUUCAGUGGUACGGUACGGUAAAGCAAAGAUAUGUAAAAUAAAAAAAAAAUAUGUGUAGUAAAUAAAUAUAAUGCUGAUUGUGUUCGUUCCCUAUAAUCGUCUAUUUCACUGGGCCGAGAUAGAUAAAUAAUACUAUCUUAUAAAUGGUAAAAUAGUAGGUAUGCUUUAAUUAAAAGAGCAUCUAUCGAAGUCGUUUUGAAAUAAUUACUGGCAAGGACUUUUUAUAAUCAAGACUGAGUUUAUCAUUGUAAAGACAGGAUGCUAGAUAAUCUACAAAUUAUUGUUGCGUAUGUGCGUGAAACGUAGGUUUUUA